CGCGCAUGCUUCUCCUUCCAUUACAUUCUCACUAUUACUUACAGAGUCAUGGCAACGAGGGUGCUGUUGUUGAUGGCCCUCGCACUCUUUAUCUUCCCCGUUGCUACAGCAACAUUACAUGUCAAAGGUUCCGUUUACUGUGAUACUUGCCGUGCUGGAUUCGAAACCAAUGUCACCUUUUACAUUGAAGGUGCAAGGGUUGGAAUUCAGUGCAAAGAAAGGAAGAGCUUGAAGGUAGCUUUCUACACGGAGGGUGUGACGGAUUCGACGGGGACAUAUCACAUCGAGGUUGAAAAUGACCAUGGCGACCAUAUUUGCGAAUGCAUGCUUGUUAAAAGCCCUAUUAAAUGGUGUAGUACCCCAGAUUCUGGGCGUGACAGAUCCAGCAUAGUCCUAACCCACUACAAAAAUGGCAUAGUCAACCAUCUUCACUACGCUAAUGCCAUGGGUUACCUCAGGGACCAACCCUUGCCUCAAUGCCACAAUCUGCUUAAAUACUACUUGGCAGACUCCGAUUUUUGAUCAAAAUCUAUAUCAUUUACAAGAACAACUUGUUCUUUGUUUCGUGCAUUAAUUAAUUAACUAAACAAGUUUAUUUCUGUUGUUAAGUAUUUGUUGACAUCGAUCGAGCGCCAUUAAGUUUUAGUUACUACUUAGUCUUGCUUCAUGUUUGUAAUUAGGCCACUUAAUUUUCGCACUCUA